UCCCUAAUGGCUCUUUGGUUUGUUGUCCUUCUUGCACUCUUUGCAAUUGGUGAAUCACAGUCCACAUCAUCAUUCAACCAAACCGACCUGCAGGCAGCCAUGGCUGACAUGAGAAGUCGGUCUUACUAUGGAUUUGUCAUCCUCCUCAAAAUACUCAACAGCCAGCCCAACUCCCUGCAAAACAAUGAUUUGACAUUCCUAAUGCCAAAUGAUGAAGAACUAUCACAGUUCUCAAUAAUCCCAGAUCAGCUCCAUGAUUUCAUACUCAGCCAUUCCAUUCCAACACCAUUAGUGCUCAGUCAUUUAUUACAUUUUCCAAAUGGCUCUGUAGUUCCCUCUAGCGUUCCAAGUAGGGUGAUCAGCAUCACCAACAGUGGGAGAACAGGCUUGUUUGUCAACAAUGCAAGGAUUGUCACACCAAAUGUGUGCCAAAGCUCUUUAAUAAGGUGCCACGGAAUCAGUGCUGCAAUGAUAUUUGACAACAGUGUGCCCUUCCACCGGUCUCCAGAACAUAAGGAUCCCCCAAAGAACAGUAAUAUGCCAAACCUAGCCUCAUCUGUCAAAAAGAUGAGUAUCCCACCUUUCCAGUAAAGCUAGAAAAAUACUUGCCUGCAGCUGUAAUG